AAUUGAAAAACUUGCGCUUGAUAUUAUUUCAGGCUUUGAAGAUCUCGGUGCUACAUCAAUCGCGAUGAUGUGUGUUUUAAAAGGCAGCUUCAAAUUUUUUGCAGAUCUUACUGAAUGCAUUGAGCGAGCCCUAAGAGCAAGGAGAACCACUCUACCUAUUUCAAUUGAUUUUGUUCGAACGAAGAACUAUCUUAACGCUGAGUCGACGGGCACGGUCAAGUUGACUGGUGUGGACGAUGAGUCGGCUUAUAAGAAUAAGAACAUUCUUAUCGUUGAAGAUAUAAUAGAAACUGGAAAAACAAUGCAAAAUCUGAUGCCGUACCUCAAAACUUUAGAGCCUCAGUCCGUCCAUGUCGCCACCUUGUUGGUCAAGAGAACCAUUAAAAGUUCAGGAUUUCAGGCCGAUUAUACCGGUUUUGAAAUUCCCGAUCGUUUUGUUGUUGGCUACGCUCUCGACUUCAAUGAAUACUUUAGAGAUCUUCACCAUAUAUGCGUCAUCAACGAAGAGGGGAAAAGCAAAUAUUCGCUGCCCGCAUGA